AACGGGACCAGCCCACCCUCCGGACCCCACCCGCUGACAGACGCCGCCGCACCAGCGCCCAAAUCUCCCAAAACCCUAGGCCGAGGGGCCGAGAGAGAGGGAGAGGCGGAGAGAGGAGGCGCGCGGCAUGGCGGGUGCGACGUCCCCGGCGGCGGCCGCGAAUCUGGCGGGCAAGUCGGGCGUCCGCGUCGUCGUGAUCGGCGACCCCGGCACCGGCAAGUCCAGCCUCGUCGUCGCGCUCGCCACCGAGCAAUUCCCCGAGAACGUGCCCCGGGUCAUGCCCCCCACCCGCCUCCCCGCCGACUACUUCCCCGACCGCGUCCCCAUCACCAUCAUCGACACAUCGUCCAGCCCGGAGCAGAAGCCGAAGUUGAUUGCGGAGUGCCAGGCUGCCGAUGCGGUGGUGCUCACGUACGCCUGCGACCGGCCCGCCACGCUGGAACGGCUCAGUUCGUUCUGGCUCCCAGAGCUCCGGCGACUCCAGCUGAAGACUCCAGUGAUCGUGGUGGGGUGCAAACUGGACCUAAGGGACGAGCAGCAGGUUAGCCUUGAGCAGGUUAUGGCGCCCAUCAUGCAGUCAUUCCGCGAGAUUGAGACCUGCAUUGAGUGCUCCGCUCUUCGGCAGAUCCAGGUGCCUGAGGUCUUCUACUAUGCCCAGAAGGCAGUGCUUCACCCAACUGCUCCUCUCUUUGAUCAAGAGGCACAAUCACUGAAGCCUCGCUGUGUGAGAGCGUUAAAGCGGAUAUUCAUUAUAUGUGAUAAUGACAAGGAUGGUGCUCUCAGUGAUGUGGAGCUCAAUGAAUUCCAGGUCCGAUGUUUCAGUGCUCCUCUCCAGCCUACUGAAAUUUCAGGCGUAAAGAGAGUUGUUCAGGAGAAGAUGCCUGAAGGCGUAAAUGACAACGGACUUACCUUGACUGGGUUCCUUUUUCUGCAUGCCCUAUUUAUUGAAAAAGGUCGUCUGGAAACUACAUGGACUGUAUUGAGGAAAUUUGGUUAUGACAAUGACAUCAAGCUUAGGGAUGAUCUCAUUGCAAUGCCAAUUAAAAGAGCUCCUGAUCAAACACUGGAAUUGACAAGUGAAGUGGUUGAUUUCUUGAGAGGGAUAUUCAACAUGUUUGACAUCGAUAAUGAUGGUGCUCUUCUACCUACUGAGCUGGAGGACCUUUUCUCGACAGCACCUGAAAACCCAUGGUCUUCUGAUCCAUAUAAAGACUGUGCUGAAAAGAAUGUCUUGGGUGGUCUGUCACUUGAAGGGUUUCUUUCUAAGUGGGCUCUUAUGACACUUCGAGAUCCGACAAAUAGUUAUGCCAACCUUGUAUAUGUUGGCUAUCCGGGCGAGUUUCUUUCAGCAUUUACUGUCACGAGGAAAAGACGAGUUGAUCGUAAGAAGCAACAGACUCAAAGAAAUGUAUUCCAGUGUUAUGUUUUUGGUGCCAGAGGUUCCGGAAAGACUUCAUUGCUACAAUCAUUCAUUGGAAGGCAACCUUCUGAUGCUCUGCCAUCUAACAGCGAACGCUUUGCAACAAAUUCUGUUGAACUGCCUGAUGGAACUAGAAAGACGCUAAUACUGCGAGAAAUUCCUGAAGGUGAUGUGAGAUCGUUACUGUCUGACAGGGAAUCAUUGGCGCCCUGUGAUGUAGCAGUGUUUGUUUACGAUAGCUGUGAUGAAUAUUCUUGGCAAAGAGCAAGAGACUUGCUUGUGCAGGUGGCUACACAUGGAGAAAAUACUGGCUACGAAGUUCCUUGCUUGAUAGUUGCUGCGAAAGAUGAUCUUGACCAAUGUGCACAAGCUCUACAAGAGUCAACUAGAGUGAGCCAAGAUAUGGGAAUUGAAACACCAAUUCCGAUCAGCGUGAAGUUGAGAGAUUUGAACAACAUUUUCUGCAGAAUAGUUCAUGCAGCGCAGCAGCCCCAUUUGAGCAUUCCAGAGACUGAAGCUGGCAAAACGCGCAGGCAAUAUCGUCAGCUUCUUAACCGUUCCCUCAUGGUUGUCUCUGUUGGAGCUGCUGUUGCAGUUGUUGGAAUAGCUGCUUACAGGGUUUAUGCAGCUCGGAAGAACUCGUCCUCUUGAAGCCCUCCUGGACAGUGGCGAAGUUAAGUGUUUCUCACACCUCAACUUGGCACCAACAGCUGGAUCCAGUUGAGCUUCGCUGCUUGGGCUUUUAUCCUCCGGUGAGGAACCAACGUUUUGUACAGACAUGUCAUCAGCUAUAAAUUGUGCGGCCUACUGGGGUUUCAGAUUCACGACUUCAUCUGGCUCCAUAAAAUGCCGCAUCUGAUAAUCUGUUGUGGCUAAAUUAGCUCAGCUAAAUAUUGCUACUGCUAUAUUUUUUUUGCUCUCUUAGUACUUGCACUAGCCAAGUGUUGGAAUUCGGUUUCGUUGCAAGCAUGCUGAAUACUUGAACAUUUAGUUAAAAACAGCAUUGAGUUGUUGUAACGAGUUUCCGUUUUGUUCAGAGUAUUCUAUUGGUUGAUCAAAGUAAAUGGUCGCACGCUACCUUUCGUCUUCA